GCUAUCUAAGGAUUUGUAUUUCUACUAAACUAUUUUCUUUGUUUUAAUUCAGAGAUCUAAAACUUGAGAAUUUCAUGUUGGAUCAAGGCGGAUAUCUUAAAAUCAUCGAUUUCGGCCUCAGCAAAGACAGAUUUGGAUACACAGACCGCACAAACGCCAUCUGCGGCACAAGAACUUACAUGGCCCCGGAAAUGUUUAUGAAUAUUGGAUAUGGCAUGGCAGCCGACUGGUGGGCCCUUGGAAUCAGUAUAUACGCUAUGCUCAUGUAUGAGUUACCAUUCAACAAUGAAGAUCAGAAUGAGCUAGUGAACAGCAUCCUUUAUGAUGAAAUCGAGCUGCCAGAAGAACUAUCAGAGGAUGUCUGUAAAUUAAUAUAUGAAUGUUCUUUAGUUGUAGUUUUAGCUUUUAACUGA